AUGUCGGUCUCACGAUUAAAUGUCCUCGUCUACACAGGACCCGGCACGACCGUCGACUCGGUCCGGCACUGCCUCUACACCCUCCGCCGCCUCCUCUCCCCCAACUACGCCGUCACGCCCGUGAGCGAGAACGCCCUGCUCAAGGAACCCUGGCUGCCCACCUGCGCCCUGCUCGUCUUCCCCGGCGGCGCGGACCUCGGCUUCUGCAGCGUGCUCAACGGGCCCGGGAACCGCCGCAUCACGGAAUACGUGCGCCGCGGCGGCCGGUUCCUCGGCUUCUGCGCCGGCGGCUACUACGGGAGCGGCCGGUGCGAGUUCGAGGUCGGCGACCCCACCUCGAGGUCGUCGGCCGUCGCGAGCUCGUCCGGCGCACGGGCGGCGAAGAUCUCUGUCCGCGACGGUGCGUUGGGAUUGGAGGGCGAGGGCACCGCUCUCGGAGAGAUUUCUCUUUACUACAAUGGAGGCGGCGUCUUUGUCGAUGCCGCGGCUCAUGCGGAUUCGGUGGAGGUGCUUGCGAAUUACGUGGGGGAUAUCGAUGUUGAUGGCGGCGACGGCAAGGCUGCCGUGGUGUACUGCAAGGUUGGGCAGGAGCUGCCGUUCUCACCGGACCUCAUCCCGAAUUCGCGCCAAUCAAUAUAUCGCCGCAGCCCUCGUGGCCGCGUCAAGUUCCUCCAGGCCUGUCUCUCGAAACUUGGCCUCGAAGUCGACGAGACCGAAGCCAUGAUGCCUUCGUUGUCUAGCCUGCACCUUUCGGCGCUGAACCCCUCCGAGGUAGACGAGAUGCUCCACGACUGGGAGGACAUCAUCGCCCGCGACGACCGAGGCGAAGAGUUCAUCAAGUGCGAGAACGACACCUUUCACGUCGAGAAGAAGGACUCGCGCUGGGAGCCAACGGCGUCGGAGAGUGCCGUGGCUGGCGGAAUCGUGGACUACACGACUAUUGUCAAGCGGGUGGUGCCGCACGGAGAAGCGUGGCCCGACGUCAAGGAGACGCCGAGUUUCCACCACAAUGUCUUUUACACGAGCCUGCAGUCGUACAGAGAUAUGGAACCCGCGGCGGAGGAGUGGGGAAAUCAAAUCAUGUACGGCGAGGUAGUGACGAGUACCAACACCGUCCUCGAAAAGGAAGCUCGCGACAGGCUUCACUCUCAUCGCAACGACGCAGGUAGCAGGACGCGGCCGCGGCUCCAACGUUUGGCUCGCGCCCCCGGCUGCCUCAUCAUGUCGACCGUCAUCAACCACCCAGCCCACCUCGCCGCCUCCCGUCCCAUCGUCUUUCUCCAGUACCUCGCGGCCAUCGCCACCGUGGAAGCCGUGCGCAGCUACGGCCCAGGGUACAACAACCUCGACCUCAAGAUCAAGUGGCCUAAUGACGUUUACGCUCGAGACCCCGUGAUAACAGCGAUACCCCCUCCUACCCGCUGCGGGAGGCCCUCACUCCAGCCGUUCCGGAUAGAGAGGCUGAUUGCGCGGAUGCUCACGCUGCUAGAGUCUCUGUACGCCGAGUUCCGACGGGACGGGUUCAGCGCGGCGCUAGAAGCGCGGUACUACGGGCACUGGCUACACACGGGCCAAAAGGUGACACUAGAGGCGGAGGGCGGAGUGAGGGCUCGGGUGCUCGGGGUGACUAGAGAUUGGGGCAUGCUCAAGGCGGAGGAAUUGGAUGGGGAAGGCCGGACCACGGGCAAAGUGUGGACGCUCCAGAGUGACGAGAACAGUUUCGAUUAUUGGAAGGGGCUCCUCAAAAGGAAGACCUAG